GUCAUGAAUGUAAACAACGAGACUCAGGCACAACAGCUGCCCGGAAAAUUGCGUUUCCCGGAGGGUUCCGGAUCAUGUCCACAUGGCUGACCAACAAGGAAAUCCAAUGAAUGUCAUUCAAGUCGGGCCCUAUAAUCCCCAGAGGAAACACAGUGAGCACGAGAGAUGGAUCCAUGUGUUUCCAAUCUACUUGAACAAGAACAAAACUGUCGCUGAAGGCAGGAGGGUCCCAAAAGAAGUGGCUGUGGAGGAUCCGAUCACACGGGAAAUCGUUAUCGCCCUACAGCAGAAAGGUUUUGAUCUCUUUGUCGAAGGCUACAAAGUACAUCCGCGGGAAGUCGAUAAAGAAAACGUCCUCAUGAGAUCUCGAGUUCGAGUUCACUUCAGAGACGAUAAUGGGAAGCCAAUACACCCCGAGUUCCCGAACAAACGGAAGCUAUUCAGGAUGAUCUGCGAAUCCAUCGGCGGCAUGGACUACCGACAGGACCCCGAAACCUUCAAGCAGCACCAGAGAGCUCUCCAAGCCCAAGUGGCGCCGCAAGUUCUACAACAGCAGAAGUUCCUCGAACGUCUCGAGAAAUCGCAAGCUCAGGGAUCCGGCACGAGUGCGACUUCAACGAAAACACCGAAUAAUAAUAAGAAGAAAGGCAAAAAGGGCAGGAAAUAAAACCAUCUCAUGGA